AUUGUGUAUAUAUAUAUAUAUAUAUAAUGCUUGAUAUGUGUGCCAUCUUUCGUAAGACGGAUAACAAUAUCCGACGAAUUAUUCGGUUAAAUGAAUUAUUGUGACAAGAAAAAACAAAUCUCUCGAGCUGUCGAACAAAUCCAAAAGAGGAAACGUGACUAGACUUUAUUUAGUAUAUCAGACCUACGCGUUGAAUGUGACAUUCCUUAUUUAAAAUUAGUAUCUUUCUCUUUUUUUUUUAUUCAAGAUUGAUAUUGAUAUUUUUAGAACUAUUGAUUGGAUCAGUCAGUUAAAUGAAUGAAGGACUGUCAAUGAGGCGAAUAAAGAGGAGACCUUAUUCCGGUUGUGUAACAGAGAUAGUAAACCUUUAGUUAGCAACGGGCUACAGCAGAGGGAAUUGUACGAGUGACUCUAGAAUCCGCUGGGCGAUAUUAUUUUCCCUUUCGCUAUGGCCGACCCAGAUUUCCGCAGCAAGUCGGGGGAGCAAUGCCGGUGCGGAGACUGCGACUUCAUAAGUCGAGAAUUGAUACCGGAGAUGGUACACGAUCGUCGCUUCUGCGAGACCGGCUCGAGGGAGUUUGUCGAGUUCGAUUCCGUCGACGUGGAGCACCUCGUCGACGGAAAGCGCGAUUAUUCCACCAGGUUGUACCGAGUGACGGCGCGCGUAAAAUUUUCCGGCGAAACCUGCAGCUUCCCACUUGUUAUCAAGUUGCCCAAGAUAGACGAGGAAUCUCCGCCGCCCGGUGCUUUUCAGAACGAGGAGAUGUUUUACAGCAAGAUGACACUCGAGUACGGAACGGACGGUCUGCCGAAGUGUUAUCUGUCCGACUUGGGACGGUAUGGUCGACCGGUCAUCGUGUUGGAGGAUCUAGUCGCGCGUGGUUAUGCACAUGUAAACGGUAAAUUAGACGAGGAUCACUUGAAAUUGUGCGUAAAAGCCUUGGCGGCGUUUCAUGGUAGAGGGUUGAAGCUGAAAGUGCGCAAGUUUCCUAUUUUCCGAGAAUUCUACGCAAAACUGUCUGCGUCGGACAGCUUAUAUUCCGUUCAGCAGAUACUCGGUGCCAGCACACACUUGAGUGCCGCAUCACUCGAGCCAAAUCUCGUUGAGAAAAUAAAAAAAAAGCUGCACGUAAUGGAAAGUCUGGCCACGGAGAUCAACGACGUUACGACCGUCUGCCACGGUCAUUUCACACGAGAUAACGUGCUGUUCAGGCACGAGAACGGCAAACCAAAUGACGUAAAGAUGAUCGAUUGGGAAACAAUGAGGUACUGCUCGCCAGCGAUCGAUUUAGGUCUCAUUCUCUUCGCCAAUAUGCCCAACGAAAGUGAAUUGCCGAAAGUCGAGGCAUUCUGUCGGAAUAUUUUGCGACUUUACUUGGAUACCGUGAAGAAGGAGAAUCCGGAAGUGAAGCGCGAACUUUUGGAACGAGACAUUAUCGCCAAGCUACUGCUGGCGUAUAUUAGCAUCUGCGAUGACAACCCGGCUUGUGGGAUUAGAAUCACGUACGAAGAACUGGGGAUGAUGUUGCACGUGCUCGAUGGUCUGGGUAGCCUCGAUUAGAACCUUUGUGUACAUUGGCAGUUUAUUUGAUCCUCUACGAUGUACGCGAUACUACUUGUACCACGUUAAGCUCUAUCGCGCGUGUUCGUGAUAAGGGAAGAAAGUCGAAGGGAGUGUUAUUGGCAGAUAUGAAAGGGUGUGUUAAAAAAGAAGCGUAUGUUAUUGCUAUACAUUUUACAAAUAAUUAUAUCCUCGUUUAAAAUUUUUAUAAUUUUUUUAAG